AUGAAGGAUUUCAGACCGAUCGCGUGUUGCAACCUGCUCUAUAAGGUGAUCUCAAAGUUACUGUCAAAUAGACUGAAAAAGAUUCUACCGUUGGCUAUUGAACCGAACCAGUGCGCGUUUAUAAAAGGGAGGUUGCUAUUGGAAAAUAUUUGCCUUGCAAACGAGGUGGUAAAGGGGUAUCAUCUAGGCUCUACUACUGACCGUUCUACGAUCAAAUUCGACAUCUCCAAGGCAUUUGACACGGUGAAGUGGGGUUUCAUCGUAUCGGUGAACUUGAGGGCUUCUUCACCAGUGCCAGAGGAAUCAGACAAGGCGGCUGCGGAUGGGGUAUUUGGCUAUCACGCUACAUGUAAGACAGUGAGGCUGACGCAUUUGAGCUUCGCUGACGAUAUCUUGGUCUUCACAGAUGGGAAAAACUCAUCUCUUGGUGGAGUGCUCAGUGUAAUGGAUACGUUUGCACAAAUUUAUGGAUUACAUAUUAAUGCAUCAAAGUCCUCUAUCUACUCCGCAGGUCAGAACAAGCUUUUGUUGCAACAGAGCGCUGAAGUUAAGGGUCUCACAGUAGGGACCUUGCCAUUUCGUUAUCUGGGUCUCCCACUAACGUCUAAGGCUUGGACUCGACUUGAUUAUGAGCCGCUUAUAGACAGGAUCCGCAAUAAGCUUCUUGCUUGGUCCAACCGGUUUCUCUCCUUCGCAGAUAAAACUGGAGAGUUGGGUAUCACCUAUCUUGGCAUCCCACGCCAAGCUUUAGUAUCUGAUGUUUGUAUUGAUGGGGAGUGGAGAUUAAGAAGUCGUGGCAGAAGAGUAUUUGGGUCUGUAUAUGAAGAGAUUGAGAACGCAGGGAAACCAGUUGGGGGCACAGGAAGGGAUAUCAUAUUAUGGAGACAUAAUGACAAUGAGUACAAGGAUCACUUCUCUACUCUGAGAACAUGGGAUCAGAUUCGAGUCAGGGAGCCGGCGGUUCCAUGGUGUAAUCUUGUCUGA